AUGUCGACCCGGCCCAAGCAGAACCAAGUGCUCUCCAUCAAAGGCUCGACCAAGAUAUGUACAGAGUUUUUUGAGUAUUCCGUCAACAAGUGCGUUUCUUGGCAUCCUGGCCCACAGGAACAGUUCACGCGUGACCCACCUUGACGAGGGCUGAAGUACUCCCCUUCCUCUCCGCGCGCUCGAACAGCAUCCUCUACCAACGAGGCAUCUACCCGCCCGACGACUUCAAGCUCGUCAAAAAGUACGGUCUGUCCCUAUGGACCUGCGUCGACGAAUCGUUGGAACGCUACAUCCAGAACGUGAUGAAGCAAGUCUCGACGUGGAUGUUGGGAGGCCAGCUGGAGAGUUUGGCGUUGGUGAUUAUGGAUCGCGAGACGAGGGAGGUCGUCGAGAGGUGGAGGUUCGAUGUCGAGAUUGAGGAUCUUGGAGGCGAGAAGGAGAAGGAGAAGGAGAAUCAGUCAGUUCCUUGGGUUUGGGUGGGCAACGACCGAGAGCGCAGGGAUUGUUCCCUCGGUGCAGAGCAAUUUAUGACUCGUCCUCGGUCAUCUUUCUCCUUCGUAGACCGUCCCCUUCAUCCGAAACAAUACCCGACUCCAACACCCCCGAGUCUAAAUCGGCCAAACGCAAUACCAAAACUCCCGAAGACAUCCAACGCGACAUCCAACAAAUCAUGCGUCAAAUCACCUCCUCCGUCACCUUCCUCCCCGCUCUACAGGACCAAUGCAAGUCCUUCACUCCUCGCGCCACGCCCGUGGAGUAGUUUUGAUUCUUCUUUCUUCGGCACGUCUGAGCUAACUGAUCGGGUUCCAAUUGGAUCUGCACAUGCAGAUACUUUCACGAUCCUCAGUUAUGCAAAGAAGGACGCGCCCGUACCGAAGGAAUUCAUCGAUUCGGAUCCGCAUAUGAUCGUGGGUGAAGCCGAAAGUGUGAGUACCAUCCAAAGACCCUCGUUCGUUCGGUCAGAAGGCACGUCAUUGAUGACUUUCUCUCUCGUUGUCGAAUGAUCGAUCGUGCUCAGGUCAAGUUGAGGUCCUUUAGUACGAACCGACACAAGAUCAACGGUUUGGUAGCCUAUCGAUUAGGCACCGAUAUGAUCUAA